AUGGGCUUUUCAAGGGCUGUCCGUAAAUAAAGAGAAAUGAAGGACGUAGAACUGAAGGAAAUGGAUCAGGAAAAACAGCUAAUGACCCGAGAAACUCAAAAAAAUGGCUGCGUGAAGGUCACCGUCCCAGAGAACUCUGGAGCGAAGUAUACUGGCCUCUCCAAAGAUGAGUUAAUUAAAGUUGCUGGCACAGCUGGGUGGGUUCGCAUUCGUUGGGCUUUGCUGGUUUUGUUUUUUCUCGGCUGGGUUGGCAUGUUAGCUGGAGCAGUAGUACUCAUAGUACAUGCCCCACGCUGUAAACCCAUUCCUGAGAUGAACUGGUGGAACGAAGGACUUCUGUACCAGAUAUCUGAUGUGAAGGCAUUCUCUGAAAAGGGACUGAAAGGAGUGGAGGAACAGCUGGACUAUAUGUCCCAGAUGAAAGUCAAGGGUCUUGUUCUGGGUCCGAUACACACUGUGCAGGCAAACCAGCUGGAUACACUAAAUCUGGUUAGAGUUAAGUCUGAAGUAGCCACUGAGAAUGAUCUGGAAUCUCUACUGAACCAAGCAAACAAAAAAGGUAUCUCAGUAGUGCUGAAUUUAACACCCAACUAUGAAAACGGUUCGGUCUGGUUCGACAAUGUUACUGCUGUUGCUGAGAAAAUCAGAGACGCAUGUACACACUGGCUGAAAAAAGGAUUUGGUGGUAUUUUCUUGCCUGAACUGGGAGACAUCAUAGAAACAGACUCUUGGCCAUCAAUACAAGCUAUAUUCAACCAAACUGAUGAGACCAAAAAAACUCUGAUUGGAUCAGUCACCCGUCUCUCUGCAGAUUAUGUCUCUCUCGUGCUGAAUCGCUCAGGUGUUGACCUCCUCCUGACUGGACUGGCUGAUCCGGCUGAGUCAGGCCAAAAACAGGCCAGGGGAAUAAAGAAGCUCUACUCCAGUCACCAGCAGACGAAUCUGGGCUGGAGUCUGAGUGGACCUUCCUUGGGUUCUCUGGCUUCCAGAAGUAAAGCAGUGCCCGUGAGACUUUAUCAAAUGCUGCUGUUUACCCUCCCUGGCACACCUGUGUUCAGCGCUGGAGAUGAGGUCGGACUGAAGACUGGGGAAAAACCUCAAAUAAUGUGGGACUUGGAAAACCCAGUAGAAGAGAACAAUGCAGCAGCAAAGACUCUGCAGGAGGAGCGUAUCGCAGUUCGUAACUUCUUCAAAACACUUAGUGAUCUGAGGGGCAGAGAGCGAUCGCUUCUUCACGGAGAAUACGUCAGCCUUAACAGUUCAUCCACUUCAUUAGCAUUUCGACGCCUCUGGGAUCAGAGCGAUCGUUUCCUUACUGCCAUGAACUGGGGGAAUGACACUGUAACCAUGAAUCUCGCUUCCAGCGACCUGCCGGAUCAAGCUCGGGUUCGCCUCACUACAGAUACAAAGAAUCUAGCCGUGGAUAGCAUGGUGUCCUUAGAGAAGUUGCAGCUUGGGCCCAAACAGGCUGUUCUGUUGUCUUAUCCUUAUGUUGGUUAGACACAAACAUGCAGAUCCUCGCAUGUCGUCUAAGAGCGGUUUGAUUUUCGCUGAGGUCUCAUAAAAUAGUUUGUUUUUGUGCAUCUCCAAAUUUAAGCAGGCAAUCUAAAUGCUUUCGAAUUCAAAUUAAAGAGAUUUUACUUCUCUUACAUACUAAUAAAGUUGAAUAAAAAGGU